AUGGGCAGUGACAGCUACGACGGAGGAGAUGCCAGUCUCCCUGAUCUCGGAGACGCCAUCGAUGCGGUGACCUUUGCACAGAUUUUGGAAAUGGACGAGGAUGAUCCCACCCGCGAGUUCAGCACUUCCAUCGUUGAAGGCUUCUUCGAGCAAGCUCAGGAGACCUUUGAGAAGAUGGACACGGCCUUGGAGGAAGAGAACUUGGAAGAACUUUCCAAACUAGGACACUUUCUCAAGGGAUCUUCAGCAACUUUGGGCCUUACCAAGAUCAAGGACAGUUGUGAGAAGAUCCAACGUUAUGGAAAGAAGGAGAAAGAGGAUGGAUCGCCCUUGGAUGAUGAAAAGGUCUGCCUGGAGAAGAUCACAAAGACCUUAAAGGUGGUGAAGGAGGAGUAUGAAGAAGCUGAGACAGUCUUGAACAACUUCUUCAAGAAUUCACCUCCCUCAACAACUUCGUCGUGA